CAGCUUCCAUGGAUUUGUGCGUGUCAACAAAUUGAUACCAGAAAAAAAUUAUGAUGGAGCAUGUACAUCUAGCGGCUGAAGAAGAAGACGAUCUGUAUUCUGGUUACAAUGAUUACAAUCCUACAUUUGACGCCGAGGAGCUGGACAAUGAUGCUGGCUUUCAACAGGCUGUCAGGACAAGCCAUGGAAGACGGCCCCCAAUGACUGCCAAAUUUCCUGGUACAGCUGUUGGGGGACGGGCCUUGGGUACCUCAUUUGGGUCAAGGGUACCUAUGGCCUCCUCUAUGGGUCGACCAAUGACAGGUGCUGUGCAGGAGGGAACAGCUCGGCCUAUGACCGCGGUGCGAGCAGCCGGGUACUCCUCAGCUGUGGCCAGAGGCUCUGCAUUUGACCCAUUGGGCCAGUCCAAAGGACCCGCACCUCCCUUAGAAACAAAAAAUGAGGACACGCCUGAAGAGAAGAUGAAGAUUCUGGAGAGGAAGGUGAACGACCUGAUCGAGGAGAGCUGUAUGGCUCACGGUCGUGGUGAUCUUCAGCUGUCGCUGGAAAAAGCCAAAGAAGCAGGGCGGAAGGAGAGGGCACUGGUGAGACAGAGGGAGCAGACAGGCACGGCUGACCACAUCAACCUCGACCUCACCUAUUCUGUUCUGUUUAAUUUAGCCAACCAGUACGCCAACAACGACAUGUACCCAGAGGCCCUGAAUACCUACCAGGUCAUUGUGAAGAAUAAGAUGUUCAGCAAUGCAGGACUGUUAAAAGUGAAUAUGGCAAAUAUUUACUUCAAACAAAAGAACUACCCAAAAGCCAUCAAAUUUUACCGCAUGGCUCUGGACCAGAUUUCAAAUGCCCACAAGGAGCUUCGCAUAAAAAUCAUGCAGAACAUUGCGGUGGUGUUCAUACGGAUCGGAAAGUACUCAGAUGCAAUCACCUCGCUGGAGCACAUCAUGAGCGAGAGCCCCAACAUAAAGACAGGGUACAACCUCAUCCUGUGCUACUACGCCAUCGGGGACCGAGACAGGAUGAAGAAGGCCUUCCAGAAACUCAUCUCCGUCCCGCUGGGCAUCGAUGAGGAGGACAAGUACAUCUCUCCCAGUGACGACCCACACACCAACCUUGUGAUUGAAGCCAUAAAGAAUGACCAGCUUCACCAAAUGGAAAGAGAAAAGAAGGCGCUGGCAGAGAAGUUCAUCAUGACAGCUGCAAAACUCAUUGCACCGGUCAUCGAAGGAUCAUUCGCAGCAGGGUUCGACUGGUGUGUAGAGAUGGUGAAGACCUCUCAGUAUGUUGAGCUGGCCAACGAUUUAGAAAUUAACAAAGCCAUUACCUACCUGAGACAGAGAGAUUUCAAUCAGGCAGUGGAGACUUUGAAGAUGUUUGAGAAGAAGGACAGCAGAGUGAAAAGUGCUGCAGCCACCAACCUCUCCUUCCUCUACUUUCUGGAGAAGGACUUUGACCAGGCAGACCGCUACGCUGACCUGGCCAUGGCUGCUGACCGAUACAACCCCGCAGCCCUGACCAACAAAGGCAACACCGUGUUUGUGCGGCGGGACUAUGAGAAGGCAGCGGAGUUCUACAAGGAGGCUCUGAGGAAUGAUUCUUCCUGCACGGAGGCCCUGUACAACCUGGGCCUGACCUAUAAGAAGCUGAGUCGGCUAGAGGAGGCCUUGGACUGCUUCCUUAAGCUCCACGCCAUUCUGCGGAACAGCGCCCAAGUCAUGUACCAGAUAGCCAACCUAUAUGAGAUGCUGGAGGACUCUAACCAGGCCAUCGAGUGGCUAAUGCAGCUGAUCAGUGUUGCGCCCACAGAUCCCCAGGCACUGGCCAAGCUGGGGGAGCUGUACGACAGCGAGGGGGACAAGUCCCAGGCCUUCCAGUACUACUAUGAGUCUUAUAGGUAUUUCCCAUCAAACAUGGAUGUGAUAGAGUGGCUGGGAGCGUACUACAUUGACACACAGUUCUGUGAAAAGGCCAUUCAGUAUUUUGAGAGGGCUGCCCUCAUUCAGCCCACGCAGGUGAAGUGGCAACUAAUGGUGGCCAGCUGCUACAGGAGGAGUGGAAACUACCAGAAGUCGCUGGAGACCUACAAAAACAUCCAUCGAAAAUUCCCUGAAAGCGUGGAAUGCCUCCGCUUCCUUGUACGACUCUGCUCUGACAUGGGGCUGAAGGAGGUCCAGGAAUACGCCACCAAGCUCAAGAAGGUGGAGAAGCUGAAGGAGAAGAAGGAGCAGAGGGUGAGGUCUGGCAGGGAGAGCAGUGCGCGGGGGCGAAGGGAGGGCAGUGCCAGCAGUGUGAGCUCCCCAAACAGCACUCCUCCCAAGAGGGCCAACGUGGGCUCCUCUUCCCCGAACAGCACUCCCCCUAUGAAGGCCAACGUCUUUCUUCCUGAGACUAGGCACAGUCCUCUACUGGAGCAGGGCAGAGACAGCGGGCACAGCAGCCAUGGCACCAGUGCCAAGGGAGAGCGGCUGAGCGCCAGGCUGAGGGCCCUGCCCGGGUCUAACGAGCCGUACGAGGCCAGCAGCCAGCGGGACAUAGAUGCCUCCUAUGUGGAUCCCCUGGGCCCCCAGAUGGAGAGGCCUAAGACGGCAGCCAAGAAGCGCACUGAGGAGGAUGAGUUUGCGGAUGAAGAGCUGGGAGACGACCUGCUGCCGGAAUAGCAUAUGACAAUCCGUUUUAUUACCUCACCAAAUCACCCUGAUCUUUCCCCACAUUCUUUAGUGUGUAUUCAUUAGCCUGGUUGCUAUUGUGACUUCUCUAAAGGCUGGAGGCAUUUGUGUUGCACCAAGUAAGCUGGCCUGUUAUUCCAUGGCUUACAUGCAUUUAACAUUCAACUCCAAAAGAACUGUGAUCCUCCCAACUGUACAUGCAGAUCACAUGGAACUUUCAGUAAUUUUUUAAAGGCACUGUGUUUAUAUUAAUAGUUACAUUAUUGGCACUCGUAGGGAAAAAAAAAACAAGUCGAUGAAAAUGAAAAACAGCAGCACAUUCCUGCACACAUGAAGCACUCAGAGGAGAGGUGAAGUGUUUUGGCCCUGACAGGGGUCUUCAGGCAAACACUUGCAGUGUAUGUGCCCUGUAAAGGUACAGCCAAGGAUGUGAUGUGGGAACAGGGGGUGAGCGAGACCUGGAAUGUCGCUGGAUAUUUAAAACCCAGUUCAAUUACCGAUAACCAUUUGAACAGAACAAGUAUAAUGUCACGAGGGACCAAACAUCUGCAUCUUUUUAAAUAAACUAAAUGUUAGCCUUUUUCAAUCUUUAUGGGCACUCAUAUUUAGGCAUCAUUGUCAGUUUGUCAUUUUCAGAAAGACUCUGGAUCUCCAUUUUGACAGCCUGUACAAAACUGAGCUCCCCCCUUCUGUUUCUGGGCCUGACCAGAGUGGGGUUUGUUCCGAGAGCUGGAAACAAAAGGGUCUCUCUUUUCCCAGAAGUGAUUAGAUUUCACUUCUUCAAACUGCGCUGGAAACACCAUCGGUGCUGUGCAGCUGCCCCCCCUGACCCUGGUAAAAAGCUUUCAGCUUUGAUUUCCAUCCAUGAUAUUCCCGAGGCAACUCCAUUCAGAGCAUUUGGAAAGGACGGUUGUUAUGCUGUAAAGGCAUUGUUUUGUAAUAUUUAUAUUUCUCCGUUCCUUUGUACUAUGUUUCAAAGCAGCCAGAUUGAAAACUGAG